AUGCCAAGCUCCUAUCAACCCAACACACAUGGCCUCAGUGUCAUGAUUGCUGCUAGUGUGUGUGAGAUACCAGAGGAUUCAGGCUCUAACACCUGCGAGCCUGAAACAACCAACACCUCUGAAGAGCAAAUGGAAACCCUGGAACAACAGGGAUGGCACCGUAAGCAGCAAAAAGAUGUGGCCAUCACCAUCGUUAGGGAUUCGGAGAAGCAAAAAGAAAUCCUCAAGAAAAUAGACUUCCUUGAGAGAACAUCUGGCCACGGAAAAAUCAUCGGCUUUCAUGGGGCAUAUUAUCAUCCUGCCUCUAAAAAAAUGCCCCAUUUUGAAGGAUUGUGGGCUUCAACUGAGCUUUACACCGGUGCUUCUCUGGAAGAUCUCACUAACAUCCAGAAGCAGAAAUCCUUGCCAGAGAGCAGUGAAAAUGACAUCUGCAAGGAGGUGUUACAGGGCCUGAGUCACCUUGAUGAAAACAAGGUCAUUGAUCAUCACCUGAGUCCUGACAACAUCAUGGUGGACUCAUCUAGAGACAUAAAGUUCAGAGAUUUCAGCUCUGCCACCAUAGGACUGAGGAGCCCCACUACUUUUAGAGAAGCUAUUCCAUACAGGGCUCCAGAAUUAAAGGCCAAUGUUGGCAGUAACACUAUUGCAAAUACCACCAAGGAGAAUCAACAUCCACCUGCAAAGAAAUACCCGAAGCCCAAGACAUUCGUAGAAGCCCGGGAGCCUAUCGGAGAGGAUGAAUUCGGUGUUAUUUAUAAUGGAUGGCACCAUAAAGAGCAGAAAGAGGUGGCCAUCACCAUCAUUAAGGAUACGAAGAAGCAAAAGGAAAUCCUCAAAAAAAUGCGAAUCUUCGAAAACAUACCUGACCACAAAAAUAUUGUCGGCUUUUAUGGGGCAUUCUACAAUCAUGCCUCUAAAAAAAUGCCCCAUUAUGAAGGAUUAUGGGUUUCAACUGAGCUUUACACCGGAUCAUCACUGAAAGAGCUCAUUAAUGGUCAGAAGCAGAAAUCCUUGCCAGAGAACACCAUAGCUUACAUCUGCAAGGAGGUGUUACAGGGCCUGAGUCAUCUAGAUAAAAACAAGGUGAUUCAUCACGACCUGAGGCCUGGCAACAUCAUGGUGGCAUCAUCUGGAGACAUAAAGAUCAUUGAUUUCACAUCUGCCACCAAGGGACCGAGGAGCCACGCUACUUCUGGAGCUAUUCCAUACAUGGCUCCAGAAGUAAUGGCCAAUAUUGGAAGCAACACAGUUGACUAUACCACCAAGGCUGAUGUGUGGUCACUGGGGAUAUCAGCGCUGGAAAUGGCGGAAGGAUAUUAUCCAUUCAGCAGAUUUCCUGAGAAUAAACGAAUGAAGAGGAUUAUGCACGGUCCUGCACCAACAUUACUGUGGGACACAUGGAGUGACAAAUUCCAUUUCUUCAUAUCUGAAUGUCUGCAGAAAAACCCAGCAAGGAGGCCGUCUGCAGAACAGCUCCUAUCACACCCCUUUAUUAGCAACAUCCAAAAUGAAAGGGGUGUCAAAAAGUUAAUCAAAAGGCACCUGCAGAAAUGUAAGGGAACUGCUCAUUCUCAUUAUAAUUCACUCCACUAAAGCCGCCCAUAAUAAAGGCUGAGAUUGUAUAAGGGCAGAGGUCACUGAACUAGGCCAAAUCUAUGAGAGAGACAAACAUGAUGAGA